ACCGCUUUCAGUGCCCCCAGUUCUACGUCGUGUUUCAAAGCGCCCAGGCGCACCGAAAAUCACUACAAAAAUUUUGGACUAUCCCGCCGAGAAGUCUCGAUCUCUGGAACGCUUUCUCAGUGACUCAGUGAAUACUUACUGGGGCAGCUACAGCCGCAUCCGACAUGCAGGUCUUCGAUAACAAUAUGCGCCGUGCCUCGCGACGCGCCUCACUGCGUCGAGGAUCCAUAUCGGCAUUGCCACAGAAAUCGGCGGAAAUUCCCUGGGAUAUAUUCGAGCGUCUCUUCAUGCCGUUCCUCUUCUGCCAGGCGGCGGCCAUCGUCUCCUCGCAUCUGCUCCACGCCCUCAACAUCUCCAGCAUCUCGACGUUCGCCGUCUUCGUUUGGUUCGCCCUGUCCACCGUGGGAGCCGUCUUGUUCUAUCACUUUGUCAAGGUAUCUGCCUCGGGCAAGGGUGUCCUAAUCACUGGCUGUGAGGCUCCUUUGGCCUGGUACUUGGCCAAGAAACUGGACGAUCUGGGCUUCACCGUCUAUGCCGGCUUUAACACGCCCAUCGAGGAGUCGGACGAGGCCAAGAUUCUCAAGGAGGAGACCUCGGGACGCAUGAAGCUGCUGCAUUUGGACGUCACAUCGGAGAAAACCCUUUUGGAAGCUGCCCGCUAUGUAUCCCAGCACCUGCCCCAUGGCGCCGAAGGACUCUGGUCGGUGGUACACUGCGCCCACUGGAUAGCUUUGGGCGAGCUGGAGUGGAUCCCAUUCGCCGUUCUGCGUAAAAGCUUGGACCUCAACCUGCUGGGUGCCGCCCGCCUGACACAAAUCUUCCUGCCCCUGGUCCGCCGUGCCCACGGCCGUGUGGUCUUCCUCACCUCCGGACUGAACCGCGUGCCCUCGCCCGUGCGUGGCAUCCAGUGUGCCACCCAGGCGGCCGUCGACUGCUUUGCCGCCUGCCUCCGCCAGGAGAUGCGAACCCGGGGCGUGGACGUGUCCGUGGUGGCGGCCGGAGAGUUUGCCCCCGGCAAUGGCUGGCUGAACGAGACGGAGCUGCGUGACCAGGCCAAGCAGAUGUGGAACGGACUCUCCUCGGAGCAGAAGAAGACCUACGGCGAGGAUUACUAUGAGGCGGCCAUGACAUCGGUGGAGAAGUACUCCCGCCAGGCGGCGGACAUUCAGCCCACACUACGUGUCCUUAUCGAUGCCGUGACCAGGACCUUCCCCAUGGCCCGCUACACCCCCGUGACUGCUCCCGAGAAGCUGCAGAUCUUCCUGGCCGAGCACCUGGCCCCCUCCCUGUACGAGUCCUUGUACGGCGAGCAAAAGAAGUUCGUCUACUGAGCUGAUGAUGUCCUGUCCGCCACUGUACGCCCAACGUCCUGAGAUUGUUAUUCGGAAAUUUGUUAUUCAUUUAUGAUUUUCCUCCGGUAUUCCCGCACUCGUCAUGCUUCUUUGGUGCGCAUGAAGGACACUGAUAAAGGAGAACUGCUGCCAGGAGCGUCAGUCGAUGAGCAUUUACGUCCUUCACUCGAUUAUUUUGAUAAUAUUUUUUUUUUUUUCAUUUUCAUUUCCAUUAUUAUUAUUAUUAUAAUUUUUUUAUUGUGUAUUUUUUGCGAAGGCGUCUGUGAAGCGUCAGCAUAAUAUUAUUUUCUUUAGUUGCUAGAACGAAUUGUAUAACGAUGAAUAAAAUAAAAUGGAAACAAUAGCAA